GCCCUAUCGCGUGGUAACAAGUGACAUUUAGUGUGAACCUGAGAGCGCACGUGGUCAGUAGGGAAAUACCGUCUACACGGUGCUCGGUAAACUUUGAAAAGAAACGAGAGUGAACGAAGAAGUUUGUGGACACGCUUUUUUGACGGUCAUUUCAACAUGGGUUUACUUCUAUAAUGGACGGAAUAGAGAACCCAUUUAUUUACACGUCAUAACCACGGCGUCGUCCCCGUCUAUGACUGCAGGCAUGGCCCUGUUCAAGCAGCAGACUGUGGAGGAUUUCUACGAGAUCGGAGAAGAAUUAGGAAGCGGUCAGUUUGCCAUCGUGAAGCGUUGCUGGGAGAAGAGCACAGGUCUGGAGUUCGCCGCUAAGUUCAUCAAGAAACGCCAGAGCAGAUCCAGCCGGCGGGGGGUCAGGAGGGAGGAGAUAGAGAGAGAGGUCAACAUCCUACAGCAGACGCAACACGCCAACAUAGUCACCUUCCACGAUGUCUACGAGAACCUCACUGACGUGGUGCUCGUCCUGGAGCUGGUGUCAGGGGGAGAGCUGUUUGACUUCCUGGCCCAGAAGGAGUCUCUGAGUGAAGAGGAGGCAACUCAGUUUAUCAAACAGAUUCUGGAGGGGGUCCACUACCUACACUCUAGGAAGAUAGCACACUUUGACCUCAAGCCUGAAAACAUCAUGCUGUUGGACAAGAACGUGCCAUUGCCAAGGAUCAAACUAAUCGAUUUCGGACUCGCACACAAAAUCGAGGCGGGGGCAGAGUUUAAAAACAUUUUUGGGACUCCUGAAUUUGUGGCCCCAGAGAUAGUGAACUACGAACCGCUGGGACUGGAGGCAGAUAUGUGGAGUAUAGGAGUCAUCACCUACAUCCUGCUGAGUGGAGCGUCUCCCUUCCUGGGAGAGACUAAACAGGACACGCUGGCCAACAUCUCAGCCAUGAACUACGAGUUCGACGAGGAGUUCUUCUGUAGAACCAGUGAACUGGCCAAAAGCUUCAUACGGCAGCUACUGGAGAGAGACAAGAUGAAGAGGUUAACUAUUCAAGAUGCCCUCAACCAUCCCUGGAUCAAGUCUAAUGAGUACAAGGAGGAGACUCCCAUCACCAAGACCGCGGACCAGACCAAGACCCCGGACCAGACCAAGACCCCGGACCAGACCAAGACCCCUAAGAAGCGCGAGCGGCGUCAGCUGAAGACCAAACGUCUCAAGGAGUACACCAUGAAGUCCCACUCCUCCAUGCCCCCCAACAACACCUACGUCAACUUUGAACGCUUCGUCCAGGUAGUGGAGGACAUCAGCCGGAUGGAGGGCUCCUUCACUGGGCUAGCCUCGGCCCACGACUCCCUGCAGGAGGACAUCGACGCCUUGGUCUCCGUCUACAACCAUAAGGAGUCCUGGUACAAGGAGGAGAGCGAGGGGGUCCGUCACCAGCUAUCUCAGAUCCGCUACGAGUUCCGUAAAGUGGAGGCGAUGAAGAGGAGCCUGCAGGAUGAGAUGAAGGUGGUGGACGUCAGCGUCAGUGACGUCAGCGCCCGCUACCAGGAGAGGAAGAGACACUUUGACGCCCUGAGACAGGAGCUGAGCGACGAGCUGAAGUGGGUGCAGGACGUGGUGGGGUCGUUAGGGGUCACGGGCGGGGUCGCGGACGGGGUCGGAGGAGGAGGGGGCUACCUCAGCUGUAACUUCUCCACUGUGUUUAAUAAUGAUGUGAAUGAAGCACUGAAGGAAAUGCUGAACAGAAGCUGUGGAGGAGAUCUGCUGUCUGGGAUCAGCCUGAACCUCACUGAGUCUGGACUGAAGAGAUAGUAUAGUAUAGUAUAGUAUAGUAUAGUAUAGUACAGUAGAGUAUCAACCUGGACCUGACUGAGUCUGGACUGAAGAGAUAGUAUAGUAGAGUAGAGUAUAGUAUAAUAUAGUAUAGUAGCACAGUAGAGUAUCAACCUGGACCUGACUGAGUCUGGACUGAAGAGAUAGUAUGGUAUAGUAUAGUAUAGUAUAGUACAGUAGAGUAUCAACCUGGACCUGACUGAGUCUGGACUGAAGAGAUAUUAUAGUAUAGUAUAGUAGUUCAGUAGAGUAUCAACCUGGACCUGACUGAGUCUGGACAGUAUAUUAUAGUACAGUAUAGUAUAGUACAGUAUGGUAUAGUAGUAGAGUAUAGUAUAGUAGUACAAUAGAGUAUCCACAUGGACCUGACUCAGUCUGGUUAGGGUAGUAUAGUACAGUAUAGUAUAGUACAGUAUGGUAUAGUACAGUAUGGUAUAGUAGUAGAGUAUAGUAUAGUAGUACAAUAGAGUAUCCACAUGGACCUGACUCAGUCUGGUUAGGGUAGUAUAGUACAGUAUAGUAUAGUACAGUAUGGUAUAGUACAGUAUAGUAUAGUAGUAGAGUAUAGUAUAGUACUACAGUAGAGUAUCCACAUGGACCUGACUGUGUCUGGAUAGUACAGUAGAGUAUAGUAUAGUACAAUAGAGUAUCAACCUGGACCUGACUAAGUCUGGUUAGGAUAGUAUAGUACAGUAUAGUAUAGUACAGUAUGGUAUAGUACAUUAUAGUAUAGUAGUAGAGUAUAGUAUAAUAGUAGAGUAUAGUAUAGUAGUACAGUAGAGCAUCCACAUGGACCUGACUGUGUCUGGAUAGGAUAGUAUAGUACAGUAUGUUAUAGUAUAGUAUAGUAUAGUAGUACAGUAGAGUAUCAACCUGGACCUGACUCAGUCUGGAUAGGAUAGUACAGUAUAGUAUAGCAUAGUAUAGCAUAGCAUAGUAUAUAGCAUGGUAUAGUAUGGUAUAGCAUAGUAUGGUAUAGUAUAGUAUAG